AUGAGUUUUCUUGCGGGUAGAUUAGCAGGAAAAGAAGCAGCCUUCUUUUUCCAAGAAUCCAAACACGCCGUUAACCGUCUGGCCGAGAAAACCCCCAAGAGCCUCCCAUCGACCCCACCAUCACUCGAGCAAGAAGCUCAAGCUGACGUCCUUCCAGAGGUCCUGAAACAUUCUUUGCCUUCCAAGAUCUUCGGCCAACCGUCUGAUCCUUCCUCUCUCUCGAAGGGCUCCAAGUGGGCCCUCCAUUCUGAUCCAAACAAUGCCUCCAUUUCCUCCCCUGAUGCCAUGAACCCUCUCAGGGCUUACCUUUCUCUGCCCCAGGUUACCUUUGGCCCCAAAAGGUGGGCGUUGCCAAGUACGGAGCAUUCGGUUAUGGCAUCGACGGCUAAUGAAUUGCGGAAGGACAAAUUUACCCCUAUCAAUCCGGAGAAGUUGAAGGCGGCUGCUGAAGGACUUCAACAAAUUGGAAAAGCUUUUGCGGUUGCAACUGCAAUUGUAUUUGGCGGGGCGACCUUGAUGUUUGGAAUGGCAGCCUCCAAAUUGGAGCUGCACAAUAGUGAUGACAUCAGAACAAAAGGGAAAGACCUGGUUCAGCCUAAAUUGGAGAUGAUCAGAGAACAACUUUUCCCUGUAAGAACUUGGGCUGAAAACAUGUCAAAGAAAUGGAACCUGGCAAGGGAGGAAGCUAUUAAAGAAAAACGUAUCAUAAAGGAGCUUUCUAAAAUUUUAGGGGCAAAAACGUCUAAUUGACUUGUGUGUGUAUGUAAAUUUGGAAUCAAUACAAAUCAGACUGCAUCUCAAUAAAUCAAAAGGGCAGAAAAGUUUCCUUCAAGCUGAUUACAAGAACUGUGAGCCUGACAACUUGGCAGCGGAUCAAUUGGCCAGGUGAGUGAAGGUAAAUAAUUUGUUAAUAUGGCCAGAAGAGCAUAUAAUUACUGAGUUAUAGAGGCACCAGCUAAACUGCCUUCAACCUGCUUAAUUAUGCAGUUUGAAGAUGUAGAAUAAAAAGAUUCCAUAAUGAAUUAACUGGCUUGACGACAGGAACCUGUUAUUGUGAACAUCACAAAUUUAGCAUGCCUACAAUUAUGGUGUUGCUAGAUAGGAGAAAAGCAUAUCACAGCAAGACUAAAUAAAAGAUCCAACACCACCAAGAUGCAGCCCUUAAUAAAUGAAUUAACAAUCCAAUAGACUGGACCGCAGAUGAGAAA